ACGCUCGGGAGCGGAAGGAGCGGAGCACACGAGUGUCACGGAGCUAGCAUAGCAUUAGCAUCGAAUGCCCGAGCGUGGAUGGAACUAGAAUCGCCGGAACAGGUUUUUUUUUUUUUGUGUGUGUGUGGCGUGGACCUAAUAUUUCCCCUCUCUUUAGCGCGUUUUUAUUUCUGAGUGCAGACCAGGUUUGACGUGACGUGACGUUCACGGACUUCGUUUGCGUGAGACUUGCACUGCGGCCAGGUGGGAGCGAACCUCCUUUUGGGAUCUCUUCGUCCUUCAUCGUAAAUCUGUGAACUUUAUUACUGUGGCUCUUGUGAAGGCCUUCCGUUUGGGCCCCAUCGAAGUCCAAUGUCCUCGACUCCUUCCGGGCAAAUGCGACCGCUGCGCCGUCUGUAGAAGGGGCGAGCGUCGGACGCCGACCGGCCGCGGUGACACCUCCGAUCGGGCGCCAUGUCCCUCGGCGCGUUCCACCUCAUGCAGACUCUCAAGAACUCUCCCGCCGCGCUGCGCCGCCGAUUCCGCCGCGACCGAACCGAGUCGCUGUCCCACGGCGACCCGCUCUUCAAGGUCCACUACCUGGGCACCGAGAAGAUCUUCUCCCUGGACCGGGAGCAGGCGCGGGACGCCAUCGGCCGGCUGAUGGCGGGCGUGGCCGGCGGCAAGAAGCUGAGCAAAGAGCACGCCUUGGUGGUGCGGCCCCGCUACGUGGAGGUCAAGGAGCUGAGCACGGGCCGGCAGCUCGCCAAGACCUACUUGCGGGACAUCGCGUACUGCGCCGCCGACGACGACCGCCCCAACGUCUUCCUGUACAUCUGCAAGCACCACGGGCAGCAGCUGCAGUGCCGCGUGUUCUGGUGCGACCGGGCCGAGCGGGCGCUGGACAUGACCGGCUGCCUGGCGCGCUCCUUCCAGCGCGCGCUGAGCGACUGGCAGCGGGACGGGAGUGCCGCGCCGUCGCCGAGCGCCGAGGAGUCCGCCGGCUCCCCUGCCGCCAAGAGCGCCACGCUUCCUGCCGGCCUGGGGAAAGUUCACUGGCGGAAGAGGGGGUCCGUGUCCCGAAGCCCCCUUCGAGCCAUCACCAGACGAGGGUCCGCCUCCGACAGCUGGAGCUGAGGGGCUUCCCGCACGGUACGGAUUGGUGGCAUUUUCGCAGCUUUAAUAUUCCGAACACUCGUGGACGCUGGGCGAUGCUGUCACGCCCCCCACCUGCAUAAUUUUCAGAUUUUGAAGAUUCCACAAGAUUUUUUUUCUCAUCCAUCCAUUUUUAAUGUUAUCUUUACAAAGACCACAGUCAAGUGCCUGCUUCAAGUUUUAUUUUUUAAAUCAAGUGUCCUUUUACAGUUUUUUUAAAGUGAAAUAUGUAUUUUCUGGUAUAUUAAAAUGUUUUUAUAUGCCUUUUUCUCCAA